ACAAAAUGAUUUCUAUAUUUAAUGGAAGAAGAAAUCACAUCUGGUAAAGGGAACUAGAAAGGCCUCAGAGAAGGAAUUGUAUUUAAGAAAGGGCUGGAAGAAAGGUCAAGACUUCAAAGGCCAGUCUGGAGGAAACUGAAACAGUCCUGCAAAAAUACUCCUAGAACUUACAAGUGAGUUUAAGAUAAUCACAAGAUACUAAGUGAAGACACAAAUAUCCAUGAUAUUUCUAUAUUUUAGCAAUAUAUAUUUGUAAGCUGAUUUUAAAAGCACUACCAUGUAUAAUAGGUUCCUUAAAAGUGAAAUGAGUAUACAUCUCACAGAACAUUUUCUAGAUCUGUAUGCUGAAAACUACAGAAUGCUAAUGAAAGACAUUAAAGAAAAUCUAAAUAAAUUGAGAGACAUACAAUGAUAAAGGUCUGAAGGCUCAACAUAGUAAAGAUGUCAAUUAUCCCCAAAUUGAUCUAUAGAUUUAAUACAAUGUCAAUAAAAAUUCCAGCAUGAUUUUUUGUGGCUAUAGAAGAGUUAAUUCUAAAAUUUAUAUGGAAAGACAAAGUAACUAGAAUAGCUAAAAUAAUUUUGAAAAAAAAGAAUAAAUUUGGAGAAAUCACUCUCCUAUAUUUUAAGACUUUAAUCAAGAGAGCAUGAUAUUAGCAGAAAUGUAGACAAAGAUUAGUGGAACAGAAUAGAGAACCCAGAAAUUGACCCAAAUAGAUGUGGCUCAUAGAUUUUUGACAAAGGUGCAAAAGCAAUUCAAUGGAGGGAGGAUAUCUUUUCAACAAAUAGUGCAAAUAGUGAUGGAACAAUUGAUAUCAAUAUGCAGAAGGAAAAAACAAAUAAAAUAUUGACCUAAUAUCUGAAGAGAACAUUUUAGAGAAAAUUGAAUGGCCAUGUUAUUUAUUUUUUUAAAUCUCGAGUCAUCACCCUUUAAAUUACGUAUUAUGAUAUGAGAACAAACAGAACUACAAUUUGGUAAGAUAUUUGAAGUGUUUGUCUAAGUUGUAACUUUAAGCAAUAUUAAUUGGUCGCCAUUAAAACCAAAAUAUGAAAGAAAACAACAGAUAAUUAAAAAACAUAAAUUUUCAUUAGUGAAGGGAAAUACCUUCUAAUUUAAUACAUUGUGUUCUUAAGUUGAAAAACUCAUUUCCCUAGAGAAGUUUUAAAAGUAACAGUGCAAACUUUGUGUUCUAAUUGUAAUUCCAUGUUCUUCAAAACUGAAAUGUGUUUACAAUUUGGGUCUACAAAUAUUUAUAUUAUUUUGCUUUAAAACUUAAUUGGACAAAGAAAAUGGGAAGAUUAAUUUAAGGUGUAAGUUGGUAAGGUAUUGGGAAUCUUUCAAGAAUUUAUUAUCUGCCAGGCAUGGUGGCUCACAUCUGUAAUCCAGCAUUUUGGGGGGCUGAGCCAGGUGGAUCACUUGAAACCAGGAGUGUGAGACCAGCCUGGCCAACAUAGCAAAACCCCAACUCUACAAAAAAAAAAAUGUAUUAUCAACUGACAAAAAUGUGACCAUUUUGCUGUAAAAAUAGAGGAUAAAUUAUAAAAUAUCUUUAAAAUGAGCUGUGGUGAAAUACUGCUCAUAUAUAACUAAUAAAAACAUUAUGACAGCUUUAUUGAGAUAUAAUUGCCAUAUAAUAAGCCCCACAUACCUGUAUACAAUUUGAUAGGUAUUGACAUAUUUAUAUACCUAAGAAUUGAUCAUCACCAUUAAGACAGUGAACCCAGCCAUCAACCCCCAAAAUUUCCUUGUUCCCCUUGUUGAUCCUCACUUCUGCCCUACCUAGCCCCAGGCAACCACUAAUCUAUGUUCAGUUACUAUGGAUUUGUUUGUUUCUAGAAUUUAAUAGGAUGGAAUCAUACUGCAUAUAUUCAUUUGUAUCUGGUUCUUUCACUCAGUACAAUUAUUCUGAGAUUCAUCUAUUCUGCUGCUUGUAUCAAUAGUUUAUUCUUUUUAUUACUGAGUAGUAUUCAAUUGAAUGGAUAUACUGCAAUGCUAGUUACCUGCUGGCGAACUUUUGAGUCAUUUCUACUUUUCAGUGCUAACCACUAAUAAAACUGCAAUGAAAAAGAAAAUGUUGACCUAAACCUCACAUCUUACCUUCAAAAUGUAAAAUACAGCUCUGUCGGUCUUCUGGGAAGGGAGAAUGGCGGCGCCUGGGCUGCGGCUGGGAGCCUUAAGGCUCUUCGAAAUGCCUGCGGUGCUAGAGCGACUGAGCCGCUCUAACAGCACGUCCCAAGCUUUUGCUGAGGUGCUGCGGCUGCCGAAGCAGCAGCUGAGGAAGCUGCUGUACCCGCUGCAGGAAGUAGAGCGGUUCCUCGCCCCCCACGGGAGGCAAGACCUUCACCUGCGUACCUUUGACCCGAGCCCGGAGGACUUAGCGAGGGCAGACAACGUCUUCACGGCCACUGAACGGAACCGCAUCGACUACGUCAGCUCCGCGGUCUGUAUCGACCACGCCCCGGACCUUCCGCGGCCUGAGGUGUGUUUUAUCGGCAGAAGCAAUGCUGGAAAAUCAUCUCUGAUCAAGGCUUUAUUUUCACUGGCCCCUGAGGUUGAAGUCAGAGUCUCCAAAAAACCAGGACACACAAAGAAAAUGAAUUUUUUCAAAGUUGGAAAACAUUUUACAGUGGUGGACAUGAAAGGUUAUGGCUAUAGAGCACCUGAAGAUUUUGUUGACAUGGUAGAGACCUAUCUAAAAGAACGAAGGGGCCGGGCGCGGAACGUGAAGAGAACAUUUUUAUUAGUGGAUAGUGUUGUUGGAAUUCAAAAAACAGACAAUAUUGCCAUAGAAAUGUGUGAAGAAUUUGCAUUACCUUAUGUGAUUGUAUUAACAAAAAUUGACAGAUCUUCCAAGGGACAUCCUUUAAAACAGGUGCUUCUGAUCCAGAAAUUUGUUAACACAAAAACUCAAGGAUAUUUUCCUCAGUUGUUUCCUGUAAGUGCUGUGACCUUUUCUGGAAUCCAUCUGUUGAGAUGCUUUAUAGCCAGUGUAACAGGAAAUCUUGACUAAUGGUUCCCAGGUUAGCUGAAGAUUCAAAAAAAAAAAAAAAAAAAAGCUUUAUGCUAACUGGGAGUUAAAUACCUAGAAGAAUUUCAACAUUGUUUUAAAUGUUGUGCAUCUGUAACUUCAGGAGGAUCACUUCAGCUUUAAAACCUGCACCUUCUCAAAACAAGAAUUUGUGCCUGGGGGAAAAAAGUUUGUAAGUAAUUGAAUUACGGUGUUCAUUAGAACAGCUACUAGCUGAUUCCCCUAUUUUAACAAACUGACAAGCGAGAGCACAUCCAUAAAAUGAAAACCUGUUACAACUAUGUACAGAAGGAUUUGACGUUUUAUUGGGCUUUUGUCUUUUAAAGAAUAUGUCUACUACGUGUAUUGUUUUUUAAAUGUUAAAAUGGGCUAGGUAAAAGGAGGCUGCUUUUCUGUUAAGCAUCGAUAGGUAAGUUGAUGGAUUGAUGUUACUAUGUAAGCCUAUUUUUUUGAGUCCUUAUUUGAAUACUGAAAACAUUCUUGAUAAAAUGUGUUAGUCCAUGUUGGAAACAACCGAAAGAACAGAAUUCAAGUUCUAGUUCUAAUGUUUAUUAUAAAUGUUGGAUCUUAGGCCGGGCGCGGUGGCUCACGCUUGUAAUCCCAGCACUUUGGGAGGCCGAGGCGGGUGGAUCACGAGGUCAGGAGAUCGAGACCACAGUGAAACCCCGUCUCUACUAAAAAUACAAAAAAAAUUAGCCGGGCGUGGUGGCGGGCGCCUGUAGUCCCAGCUACUCGGAGAGGCUGAGGCAGGAGAAUGGCAUGAACCCAGGAGGCGGAGCUUGCAGGGAGCCGAGAUUGCGCCACUGCACUCCAGCCUGGGCGACAGAGCGAGACUCUGUCUCAAAAAAAAAAAAUAAUAAAUGUUGGAUCUUGGACAACUUCAUUUCUCUGAAAUUCAUUUGUUACUGUAACCUUGAAAGCUAUUAAGAUUAAAAUGAAUGGGAGGCUGGUCUCCAACUCCUGGCCUCGAGUGGUCUACCCGCCUCGGCCUCCCGAGGUGCUGGGACUGCAGACGGAGUCUGGCUCACUCGGUGCUCAGUGUUGCCCUGGCUGGAAUGCGGUGGCGUGGUCUCGGCUCCCUGCAGCCUCUGCCUCCCAUCCCUCUGCCUUGGCCUCCCAGGGUGCUGGGAUUGCAGCCUCUGCCCGGCCGCCGCCCCGUCUGGGAGGUGGGGAGCAUCUCUGCCUGGCCGCCCAUUGUCUGGGAUGUGAGGAGCGCC